AUGGAUGAUGUUCGUUGGUUAGAAGCGUGCAGACGGAGAGGACAUCUGAACGAGUCCCAUCUGUCCAGGUGGAUAUCAGUCAGAAACGAACAGAUUAGAGUAAGUUGCCCAUGUUUUUGCAAGCUUUUUUAGUCGUCAGCCUUUAUUUUAUCCUUGGUCCCGGCGCUCUCCUUGAUCAACCUGUUAUUAUGUAUAAUUCUGCUCACAUUAAUUGUCAUUGCAUUGCGUAACCCGUCGGUUAAAUUACGGACAUACUCGUAGGUUUUGCUAAUACAAUCUAGUAAUGGGUUAGAUUUAUUUCCAACCAGCUUUUUGUGGAUGUGGUUGCAUCAUUGAUCAGUUUGAUCGUUGGAUUUACGGCAGAAAUCAAAGAGUCCUUCGAUUCUCUCCUCUUCCUGGCGUUAUUUGUCGUCGUAUUUCCAUUGACUUCAAUCGGACUGAUUCAAAUCUUGAGCAGCAUCCAUGACUAUGUAAGUUUUUGUAUUCACAGUUAAAUCUCCUUUAGGCCAGAAACGAAUUCUCCGCCUUUUACAACAAAUUUCGAGUGGAAUAUGUGGUUCUUUUAAAUGUGGGUGUAUGGUUCAUCUCUGGAGCAAUUUUAAUUCUGUUCUCGCCAAUCUUCUUCAUCCUUGAUCUCGAUCAAAACAAAAGUAAUUCAAAUAUCAGAUUAUCUUCAACGAAACCCUUCCAGAUUGCGAUUUCUUUUCCUGUCGCUCUCCAUUACUCGCCGUUUUCUUGUUAGUUACUCUUUGUGUUUGCUUAGGAAAUGUGACUAUGUAUUUCUCAGUGCUGAAGCGACUACGGAAACAGGAAAACAUUCAACGGUAAUAUUAAAUAUAUUAACUAAAACUGCGGAGUAUUAUUUUUAGCGAGACUAAUGAUGCUCCCAUUGCAAAACAAUGUCUUCAAAGUCACAAAAAGUCCGAAAGCACAGUCAUCCUGUAUACCGUGACUGCUUGUUUUACCAUUGGAGUCUUCGUUUUCCUCUCUAAAUUCCUUCUUGAGAUAUAUCAACUCAGAAAACUACAUUCAGAUUGCAAAAUGGGGAUGCGACUGGCGCUUAUCGAUAAUAUCCAAAUCUCAAGCACAAUAAUCCUCAUUUUGUGGACCUUGAGAACAUCAGUAAACACUAUAUUUGUAUUAACGGCUGACUACUUAAACUUACUGUGGUUUAUGUACAGAAAUGACACUGUGGACUCGUGGACUGACGAUCAAGAUGUCAUCAAGAAGGUUAGGAUCAAGAAUGUAUUCCCUUUCUCAGUAUGA